UCAAGAUGAGCUUCCAGGCCACACCCACACUCCUGCAUCUGGCAGUGCGGAGCCUGCUGAGGAACGAGGCCUUGGCCGUCUCUGGUCUGCAGGACCUGCCCGUGGAGCUCUUCCCACCGCUCUUCAAGGAGGCCUUCACCCACAAACGGUUUAUGGUGCUGAAGGCGAUGGUGCAGGUCUGGCCUUUCCCUUGUCUCCCACUGGGAGGUCUGAUGAAGAUGAAGGCAUCCUACCUGGAGACCUUACAGAUCAUCCUGGAUGGGAUUAAUAUACUGCUUGACCAGAAGGUUCACCCCAGGAGCUACAAACUGAGAGUUCUGGAUUUGCGUGCUUUGCACAAGGACUUCUGGAAUGUAUGGGCUGGAGAUCAGGCAGCUGCUGGCUCUCUAGAGGUCAAGCGUAAGAAGAAAACACAAAACCGAGGUCCAAGGAUAGUGGCCAAGCAGUCGUUGAAGGUGUUUAUAGACAUGUGCUUCAAGCCAAGAGCCCUGGAUGCAUGCAUCUCCUACCUCCUCCUGUGGGUGGAAGGGAGGAAAGGCUUGCUGGGCUGUAAGAAGCUGAAGAUCUCCACGAUCGCUCUCCGGAACAUCGUGAAGGUUCUGGAAAUGCUUGACCUGGACUAUAUGGAGGAAGUGGAAGUGUGCUGCACCUGGAAGCUGUCCACCCUGGCCAGCUUUGCUCCCUACAUGGGCCAGAUGCGCAGUCUCCGCAAGUUCCUUCUCUCCCACGUCUGCAUCCCUGUCCCCAUUUCCCUUGAGGAGAAGGGGAAGUUGAUCGACCAGUUCACCUCUCAGUUUCACAACCUGGAGUACCUCCGCGAGCUCUCGUUGGACUCCAUCUCCUUCCUUGAAGGUCAACUGGACCGGUUGCUCAGGUGCCUGACGGUCCCCUUGGAGAGUCUGUCUAUCACUGACUGUGAGCUUUCGGAAUCUGAUUUGAAGUCCCUGACCCAGUGUCCAGGCAUCCGUCAGCUCAAACAUCUGGAUCUAAGUGGUGUCGUACUGACCAACAUAAAUCCCGAGCCCCUCCGAAUCCUGCUCGAGACAGUCGCAGCUACCCUGAAGACCCUGGACUUGGAGAACUGUAGGAUUGUGGACUCCCAGCUCAGUGUCCUCCUGCCUGCCCUGAGCAGCUGCUCCCAGCUCACCACGUUCAACUACUUAAGGAAUCCCAUCUCUGUAGCUAUUCUGGAACGCCUGCUCUGCCACACUGCCAGGCUGAGCCGCUUAACCUUGGAGAUGUAUUCUACCCCGUGGGAGAUUUAUGGUGCCCAGGGUGCUUUCCACCACAAGAGGCUAGAGCAGCUUCGUGAGGAGCUGAGCAGGACAAUGGAGCCCCUGAAACACACCAGGACAGUGUGGUUCAGCAUCAUCCCCUGUCCACCUUGUGGCUACUAGGGCCAUGUGAGUGAGAACCCAAGCUGCACCAGGGCUCUGGUCCUAUCCAGCUGGGUACUUGUGUACCAAAUGAUUCCUUCUAGCUCUUAGAAGCAGGUUCCUUAUAGUAUAGGUGAAUCCCAAAGAGAACACAGAACCUGUGGUCUCAGUUUGUGUUAGGGGGGCAGGGAUGGGGAAGGGAUGGGUCUAGCAGCAUAAGGCUACCUCAGAGAGAGAAAUGUUGACCUGGGAAUUGAUGGGACCUUUAGGACACAUACAUUCAGAAAUAAGAGGUGAAGUUUCUAGAAUCUAGAUGAAGAAACACUUGAGGGUGUUGUUGACUAUGGUGUGGACUGCAGGCCUAAGUAGCCACCAGCAGCAAACACAAAGUAGCAAGGGAUAGGCUUAAACUCUAACCAUACACCAUGCUUGAAAAUCAGUAAAGCAAGGCCGGAUGUUGGUGGCACACACCUUUAAUCCUAGCAUUCAGGAGGCAGGGGCAGGAAGAGCUGAGCCUGCGCUUACCCUGGUCUACAGAGUGAGUUCUAGGAUAAGCCAGGGCUACACAGAGAAACCCUGUCUUGAAAAACCAACCAAACAGAUAAACAGUAAAGCAGACAGAGUAGUUAAGAAGCAUCUUUGUUAGUCUAAAGGUACCUAGGUCACAGUUGACCACCACCGACAGAUCUGUUCUUCAUCUGACCAGUGUUGGAUCUACAGCUGUUACAAACCUCUUGACUAGUCCUACUGCACUGUGGGUGGGUGGUUAGUAGUAAUACUACUGGAGGGUUGAAUGUAGGACUCAUCAUGCUAGGCAAACGCUCUAUCGCUAUGAACCUUUAAAACAUUGCACUACUCUGGGUAUUUGUUGGAUUUAGGGGAAUUUUCUUUGUUUAAAUAAAUGUGUGUUA